AUGACAGAGGGUGCAGAGAGAAUUCAUUUUGAAAACUCUAAUGAAAUUGGGUGUUUUGCAAGACUCACUAAUACCUACUGUAUAUGUGCAAGCGGAGGAAGUGAAAAUUUCUUCUCCUUCAUUGAAGAGAGAUUAGGGCAUCAUAUUCCCGUAAUUCACGGAUCAAUUUGAGAAACACGACUUGUAGGAAACUUAACAGCAGGAAACAAGAAUGGGAUCCUUGUCCCAAUGGAGACCACUGAUGAUGAGCUCCAAGUUCUUCGUGAUAGUUUGCCAGACUCCGUAAGAGUGAAGCGUGUUGAAGAAAGAUUAUCAGCUUUGGGAAACACUAUUGCUUGCAAUGAUUAUUUUGCAUUAAUUCACCCCGAAUUGGAUAAAGAGACAGAGGAAAUGAUAGUUGAUGUUUUGGGUGUUGAAGCAUUCAGAACCACAAUUGGAUCAAACGCAUUAGUAGGAUCUUACUGCACAUUCAAUAACAAGGGAGGUAUGGUUCACCCUAUGGUGUCCACUGGAGAGCUUGAUGAACUUAGUUCCUUACUCCAAAUCCCAUUGUGCACUGGAACUGUUAACAGAGGUUCAGAUGUCAUCGGCGGAGGCCUCGUUGUCAACGAUUGGGCUGCUUUCUGUGGAAAUGAUACAACAACUACUGAGCUAACUGUAAUAGAUGCUAUCUUCAAAAUUAAGGACAGUAUGACCGAAGAGAAUGAAUUCAGCUCUGACAUGAAAGGAGCUCUUAUUGAUACCUUCUCAUAA